GGGGGGGGGGGGGGAGAGGGCUUCAUUUGUCCCGGCUGUCCCUUUCCCGCCCUGGGAAGCGGCAGGACCACCGCGGCGCCCUGGGUGGACAGGGCGCUCUGCGAGGGACGCCCGGGCCCUAGGGGCCCGGUCGUCCGCCCAGCAGAGUUGGCAUUUCGAGAUUGGGGCUUGGGCCGCCCCUCCUCCAGGACCCUCCCCCCCGGACCGCGCGGGGCGCCGCGGGUGAUCCGGGCCGGCUCUCCUGGCACGCACGUGUGAGAGAGAGACAUCAAUAUGUUCCACCUAUCUGUGCACUCAUUGGUUGAUUCUUGUAUGUGCUCUGACCUGGGAUUGAACCCACAACCUUGGCAUAUUGGGAUGGCACUCUAAUCAACUCAUCUACUCAGGACUUUUGUAUCAUAUCUAUAAUUCAGACCCAGACAGAAUACAAAACUAUUAAAUGUUAGCAUGUGGACAGCAGAGUAGCUUUCAGAUAAGAAUUAAAUACUUUUACUGAGGAAAAAAGAAAAGGUGGACAAGUCCUAUUUUCAAGAGAAGAUGACUCUUAACUGUUUUGAAGGAUCUAAAACUUGUGUACCUGCAGACAUCGAUAAAGAUGAAGAAUUUGUAGAAGAGUUUAAUAGAUUAGAAACUUUUGCUAAUUUUCCAAGUAGUAGUCCUGUUUCAGCAUCAACACUAGCACGAGCUGGUUUUCUAUAUACUGGUGAAGGAGACACCGUGCGGUGCUUUAGUUGUCACGCAGCAGUAGAUAGAUGGCAAUAUGGAGACUCAGCAGUUGGAAGACACAGGAAAGUAUCCCCAAAUUGCAGAUUUAUCAAGAGCUUUUAUUUUGAAAAUAAUGCUGCGCAACCUACAAUUUCUGGUACCCAAAAUGGUCAGUACAAAGCUGAAAAUUAUCUGGGGAACAGAAACCAUUUUGUUUUAGACAGGCCAUCUGAGACUCAUGCAGACUAUCUUUUGAGAACUGGACAGGUUGUAGAUCUGUCUGACACCAUCUACCCUAGGUACCCUGCCAUGUGUAGUGAAGAAGCUAGAUUAAAGUCAUUUCAGCACUGGCCAGAUUAUGCCCAUUUAACCCCAAGAGAGUUAGCUAGUGCUGGGCUCUUCUAUACAGGUGUUGAUGAUCAAGUGCAGUGCUUUUGUUGUGGUGGAAAACUAAAGAAUUGGGAACCUCGUGACCGCGCAUGGUCAGAACACAGGCGACAUUUUCCUAAUUGCUUCUUUGUUUUGGGCCGGAAUGUUAAUAUUCAAAGUGAAUCUGAUACCGUGAGUUCUGAUAGGAAUUCCCCAAAUUCAACAAAUUCUCCAAGAAAUCCAGCCAUGGCAGCUUAUGAAGCACGGAUCGUUACUUUUGGGAUGUGGAUGUACUCUGUUAACAAGGAGCAGCUUGCAAGAGCUGGAUUUUAUGCUUUAGGUGAAGGUGAUAGAGUCAAGUGCUUUCAUUGUGGAGGAGGUCUAAGUGAUUGGAAGCCUAGUGAAAACCCUUGGGAAGAACACGCUAGGUGGUUUCCAGGGUGUAAAUAUCUGUUAGAGGAGAAGGGGCAAGAAUAUGUAAACAAUAUUCAUUUAACCCACUUACUUGAAGAGUCUGUGGGAAGAAAUGAUGAGAAAACACCAUCGCUAACUAAAAAAAUUGAUGAUAUAAUCCUCCAGAAUCCUAUGGUACAUGAAGCUAUACGAAUGGGGUUCAAUUUCAGGGAUAUUAAGAAAAUAAUGGAAGAAAAAAUUCAGACAUCUGGGAGCAACUAUAAAUCACUCGAGGUUCUGGUUGCAGAUCUAGUGAGUGCGCAGAAAGACAACACACAAGACGAAUCAAGUCAGACUUCCUUGCAGAAAGAGAUUAGUACUGAAGAGCAGCUAAGGCUCCUGCAAGAGGAGAAGCUUUGCAAAAUCUGCAUGGAUAGAAAUAUUGCUGUCGUGUUUAUUCCUUGUGGACAUCUGGUCACUUGUAAACAAUGUGCUGAAGCAGUUGAUAAAUGUCCCAUGUGCUACACAGUCAUUACUUUCAAGCAAAAAAUUUUUAUGUCUUAAUCUAACUAUAGUAGAUGUAUUAUGUUCUUACUACUCUGAUUGAAUGUGUGAUGUGAACCAAAUUUAAGUAAUCAGCAUUGAAUUCAUUAGCAUUUGCUCCCAAGAAGAAAAAUUGUAAACUGCAGUCAGUGUUAUAGUUGGCGAUCUAAAAUUUGAAUUUCUGGAUUUUCAGGAUAUUCGCUAUAUUAUCUAUCCUCUUUUUUUUUCUAUUAUUAAUUGAAACCCUAGACUAAGAAGCAUCAUAUUGUAACUGAUCACAAUGUGUAUUUGUGGUACACUGACUACCUUUUAAGUGUAAGUGAAUCAACUAAAUUUUUCUUUUUUUUUUUCUUUUUUUUUUUUUUUCAGAUAGGCCUAGCAGGUGGAGUGUUAUUUGUAAAAGUGGAGAUUGGAGUUGAUCUCUCCAAUCACAUAAUUUGUUUUAUGUGGAAAAAGGAGUGAAUCGUUCCACAGUGGUGGAAAGAUAGACAUUAUUUUUAGAUGCUAGUCUUUAUGCUUUAGAUUUAUUUUGUCUAUUUUCUUUUAAAAUUAUACAUACUUUGGUGGAUGACUUUACACAGUGAUUUUGCCAUUGUUAAAAGGGUAUUUGAUGAUACAAUGCCAUCUAGCCUACGUGUAUUGAAUGAGCCAAAUGAAGGUUAUGUGCAUUUUAUAUAUGUAGAGAACAAACGAUUAGAAAAGAUAGGUACCAAACUGUUAAAUGUGGGUUCUCUUGAGGGGGUGGGGGGG